GAGCGGGCUGGGGGGAGAGAGCCCGAGAGCAGGGUUCGGUGGCUUUUCCUCUGUCCCCAGCUGGUGCCCGGAGCCCCCCUCCCCUUCCUCCCCACCCCCUCCCCUCCCCAGCCCUGCCCUCCCCCUUGUCCCGGGAUCGCUCCGUCGCACCCACCAUGAUGGAAGACGACGGGCAGCCCCGGACUCUACACACACAAGCUAAGACAUAUGGUUCUAUCAUCAGAAAACAAUAUGGUGUUUAUAGCCUAGAUACGUAGGUAACCUCUCCAGAGAUGUGACAGAAGUCCUUAUACUUCAGUUAUUCAGUCAGAUUGGACCCUGUAAAAGCUGUAAAAUGAUAACAGAGCAACCCGAUAGCAGAAGGGUCAACUCUUCUGUUGGAUUUUCUGUUUUGCAGCAUACAAGCAAUGACCCAUAUUGCUUUGUGGAAUUUUAUGAACACAGAGAUGCAGCUGCUGCAUUAGCUGCUAUGAAUGGGAGAAAAAUUUUGGGAAAGGAGGUCAAAGUAAACUGGGCAACAACACCAAGUAGCCAGAAAAAAGAUACUUCCAAUCACUUCCAUGUGUUUGUUGGGGAUUUGAGUCCAGAAAUUACAACAGAAGAUAUCAAAUCAGCAUUUGCCCCCUUUGGUAAAAUAUCAAUUGCUCAUAAGAAUGGACAGGAUCUUGAAGGCUAACUGCAAGGAACUGUGCACACUGGAACUCAGUUCUGCCCAAACUCCAAAAUGAUGGUAGAGAAUUGACCAAGAAAAAUAAAGAAAUCUGUUAACAGGCCAUGGAUGCCCGAGUAGUUAAAGACAUGGCAACUGGAAAAUCCAAAGGCUAUGGUUUUGUAUCUUUUUAUAACAAACUGGAUGCAGAAAAUGCAAUUGUGCAUAUGGGAGGUCAGUGGUUGGGUGGUCGUCAGAUCAGAACCAACUGGGCCACACGUAAACCACCUGCACCUAAAAGUACACAAGAAAAUAACACUAAACAGUUGAGAUUUGAAGAUGUAGUAAACCAGUCAAGUCCAAAAAAUUGUACUGUGUACUGUGGAGGAAUUGCCUCUGGGUUAACAGAUCAGCUUAUGAGACAGACUUUCUCACCAUUUGGACAAAUUAUGGAAAUAAGAGUUUUUCCAGAGAAAGGCUAUUCAUUUGUCAGAUUUUCAACCCACGAAAGUGCUGCCCACGCCAUUGUUUCGGUGAAUGGCACUACAAUUGAAGGACAUGUUGUUAAAUGCUAUUGGGGUAAAGAAUCUCCUGAUAUGACUAAAAACUUCCAACAGGUCGACUAUAGUCAGUGGGGGCAGUGGAGCCAGGUUUAUGGAAACCCACAACAGUACGGACAGUAUAUGGCAAAUGGGUGGCAAGUACCGCCGUAUGGAGUAUACGGGCAGCCGUGGAACCAACAAGGAUUUGGAGUAGAUCAAUCACCUUCUGCUGCUUGGAUGGGUGGAUUUGGUGCUCAGCCUCCCCAAGGACAAGCUCCUCCCCCUGUAAUACCUCCUCCUAACCAAGCUGGAUAUGGUAUGGCAAGUUACCAAACACAGUGAGCUGGGACUCUAAACAAAAUUGUAAUUCAUGAUAGCUUCAGUUUCCUGUGACACUCUGAAGACAUGAAAGUAGACAUCGGAAAAUGAAAAUAUUUAUUUUAAAAAUUGAAAUGUUUGGAACCUUUAGCACAGCUUUGCUUUGGUGAAGGACACAUGUCUUCUAGUUCUGCCUUUUUAAGUUUUUGUUCAUGAUGGAUAUGAACAUGAUUUUUCUUUGUGUACAAAAACUAAAAUAAAGUCAAUAAAGACAA